AUGCGCCGUUGCGCCGCCGCUCGCGCCGUUACCACAGACGCGGGCGGGAUGGCGGCGGCCGCUGCUCCGCCGCCGCCGUUCCGCACCUACGAGGAGUACCUGGAGCCGCAGGUGACGGCGCGGGACCUGCAGUACCUGGAGAGCGAGGCGGUGGGGCGGCAGUUGGUGGAGCUGGGCUUCCGCGGCUCCGGGAACGUGAUGCAGCGGGAGGAGUUCGAGGCUCGGGCGGCGGCGGCGGCCGCGGGGCUGACGGCGGUGGUCCCCCAGAAGUCACUAGCAAGUGUAGGAAAAGAACUGAAAAAUAACUUUUUGCGGGCUCUGGCAGAAAGAGAGGAAGCCAAUCGUACUGGAAAAAUUUCUUCCAUAAUCUUCAUUCGUGACCUAAAUUUUCGUCGCCAGGAGGUGUCUGCAUACAUCGAUUAUGCACACAGACUGACAACAGAUGAUUUUGAAGUUUACUUUAGUGGGAAGAAAAAACUUUUCCCCCGGAACACUGAUCUGAGCUUUUACAACUGGGAUAGAAAUGUCAGCACUUCAAAUUCCAGCCCAAAUUACCAAGUGAUUGCAGAAAAUGCCUGUGGACUCCUCUUCAAGAACAAAAGCGAUAGGAAAAUAAUAAAUGUGGAUCCCAAGGCCUACCCAGGAGACAGCACAACACGGACACCCAUUGAAACAGAUCUCUAUCUCCAUGUUGUUAUCUAUGACCAUUUCAUUAGAAGAGGGACCUAAGAUCCACCUGUGUGGCUUUUCUCCCAGUGGUUUGAUUAACUCUUUUAAGGUCAUCUGGAAGAAAAAGGAACAGUUGACACAUCUUUACCUUGUAUUCGAGGGUAGGAAGGGGAGGAUUUUUAUGCUGGUCUAGAGUUAGCUUGUGACUCACUCCUUGAGGGAAAUAAAAUGGAAGGAAGACCCUGUAUUGGCUGUAGAAUCCAUCUAUCUGGGCCCCUAUUUGACCUUCAUGAAGCCCGUGGGGUAUGUGAAUAGCAAAAGCACCUAAAGGGAAGACAGGAGGUUUGGACCCAACUUUUCCCACUACUCCUAAGGCAGCAGGGUGGCUGGAACUGAGGUGCUGCAUUCUUUCCUGAAGUAAAGAAACUACUGUCCCAUAGUUCCCCAGGUUGUUUUAAAUUCUUCCUGGGAAACUUUUUCAGGUAGUCCUGGAGCUCUGUUGAGCAGCUAACACUGUGUAAUAUGGACGAAGCCAUUCACAGGGUAGCAGAGAGAAGUUGUACCAAAUAGACUGGUAAACGUAAAGAAAUCUGCAGCAUUUUCGUGGUAUUAGUGGUUCCUUGAAGGCCACUUUUCAUCCAUUCCUGCUCUUGCUGCUGUUCUAGUACCAACUUGCCAGAAGUUCAGGCAGCAACACAAUGGCCCAAGGGACUCUAUUCCAUUCCCAGGGCACUUGGGGAAGUUGCCCGUACUUACAUGACCCAGCUGGUAUAACCACCAACGUAGCUGACUGCUUACUGGAGAACUGGAAGACAGCACAAAGCUAAGCAGCAGAAAGAACUAGCAGGAAAAAAAAGCAAUAAUUACAGAGAAAAGUAAAAGGAUGUGGAGGAGAAGGCAGAGGAAACAGAGGCAAGAGAGUGUCUGGAUAAAAUUCCCUGGACCUUAUUCUUUUAAGGACUGGAUGAUUUUAAUGAUCUUUUCUGUCUUUGGUACUGUGAAUUUGUGAAAAGGACAAGUGAGGCAACUCGGACAAGAAAAAAGAUGGUAGCAGCGCUGCUAGGCUUACCAUAGGGUGGGGUUUAUCUGCCAGCCUCAUCACAAGCAUGUUCCCGUUGGAAAAGGCUGAGAGCCUCGGUCUUAGCAGUUGGCGCAUUAAAGAUCCCUUUACUGCAAGGAGAGGGAGUGUUCCAACAAUUACAAAGUGAAAGUUGUUACUUCAAAGCUGCAGUAAUUUGGGAGAGACUUAGAAGUCUUCUUUUCUUUCCCAUAAAACUUUCGAUGUUAUGAAGUUCUACCAUUUCCAAAAUAUAAUAAAAUCUUUCACUGUAACGUCUUGCUUUUAUAUAGAGCACUUCAUCCUCUAGCACCCUAACAUUUUUGCAGCAGAUAGGCAACCUGGAGGUUCAUUUACUCAUCCCUGAACUGCAGCCAGGCUGCGAAGGAAG